UUAUCUUGUCAUAGAAAGUGUUCCUCUACACUAGCCAUUCGUUGUGAUACUAAGAAAUUGCCUCGUAAGAUGAAUACUUUUGGUGUUGAUUUCCUUGAGCAUCUAAAAGCAACCAAAAGGCACAUACCAAUAAUAGUAACAAAAUGUAUCAAUGAGAUUGAUGAGAGAGGUCUCAAUACUCAAGGACUCUACCGUAUAUCGAGUGCUAAGAGUAAAAUGGAGAAACUCUGCCAGUUGUUUGAAGCUGGUUCUGAGAGAGUCGAUCUCUCUGACCUACCACCUCACCUCAUCAGCUCCUGUCUUAAACUAUACUUCAGACAACUUCCAGAGCCUCUUCUUACAUUCUCACUCUAUCAAGAGUUUCUCUCAUUUGCCAAGGAAGCUACGAGGUAUCUGCCUUGUGAUUUAAGCGCUGCUACUAACGACAAGGAAAUGAAAGCUAGAGAAUUACUGAAGAGAUUGAGAGAGCUGAUAUACAGACUGCCUGAGCAAAACCAACUGACACUCGCUAGACUAAUGUACCAUUUACACAGGUGAGGGAAUU